UAAUCUAUAAAUUUCAUCAUUCCAAAGAUGAACUUAUUAAUGAUGUUGUGAUGCUAUUUGAGCAGCUAGAGAAAGAAAGAGAAAAGGAUCCUUGUUGGAUUAUUUAUAAAGAUUGGGACCACCAAACUAAUACUUUAACAAGAUUAUUUUGGAUGAACCCAUCUCAAAUUGAAUUAUGGCACCAAUAUAAUGAUGUUGUGCUUAAUGAUAACACAUGCAAAACCAACAGAUAUGAAAUGUCUCUUUCUCUUUUUAUAGCAAUUGAUAACAAUUUAAAAUCACGAAUAAUUGCACAGGCUUUAAUGGAUACUGAAACAAAAGAUUCUUAUUCUUGGGUUCUUCAGUGUACAUUAGAUGCUACUGGAACUAUACCAAAGAUAUUUGUGACUGAUUCUGACCCUGGGAUGGGUGCAGCAGUUGCAUUGAAAUAUCCAACAGCAAUUUAUUUGCACUGUAUGUGGCACAUAGGACAGAACUUAACUUUACGUUUGAGAUCAAAGCUUGGUAAUUUGUUUGAUGAAUUUAAAAAGGAAUUUUAUGUUUGUCGAAAUAGUCUUGAUAAAGAAAUAUUUGAGAAAAGAUGGAAAAUUUUACUAGAAAAAUAUCCAACUGCAGUAAACUAUCUUAAUAAAACUCUUUAUCCUACUAAAACAUCUUGGGCACAUGCUUAUUCAACAGACUAUUUUACUAUUGAUGUGCAGUCAACAUCUAGAUGUGAAUCUGCUAAUGCAUCUUUCAAAAGAUUAUUAUAUAAUUCAAAUGCUAUGCUAUUGGAUGUUUUUUUUGCUGUGCAAGAAAGGUUAGAGGAAGAAGCAGAUAAUGAAGUGUAUGAGAAUUGGAGGAACAAUCUUCAAUUUUUGCAGUCUGGAGAUAUUGUAUAUAGUACAUUUGGAGAUAUAUUAAAUGAACUUAAAGAAUUUGUUACUCCUUCUAUUCAAAAGAUUCACCAAAAUGAAAUACAACUAUCCUUCAAUUAUGUGGUUAAAUCACUAGAUCAAUCUGAUAUAGUGGAUAACAAUUCACAAGAUUUAUCAAUUUAUGAUGGGUGUAUUGAAGAACAUGAUGUUAAAAAGAUCAUGUUCAAUAAACUUUUAGCAGGAUGUGAUGCUUUAAUGAUUAAAAGCCUUUGGGGAAUAAGUUACUUGACUACAACAGAAAUACAACACUUGGUUAUUUUACUAAAUAAUGGAUUGUAUAGAUGUUCAUGCUUCUCACUUGUAAAUCGUGGUACAAUUUGUCGACAUUAUUUUAGUGUAAUGUUAUGCACUUCUCAAGCAGUGUUCCAUGUUGGAUAUAUUAAUCCACGUUGGUAUGUUACAAAUCAUCCAGAUCUGAAGAAACGAUCUUUUUAUUGUUCAAACAAGUUUAAAAAUGAUGUCAUAUUACUAUCUUUGGACAUCAAUAACAUCAUUUUUUUAAAUACAGCAGUAGAAUGUUCUGAUACUAACACAGGUGGUAAUCAGUAUGUUUCUAUUAAUAAACAAAAGAUGUAUUAUGCAAAUGUACAAGGUUUAAUUAAACGAGCAAAUCAAAUAGCAUGUAAAUCUCUUGAUGAAACUUUUAUUGAAAUGUUAAAGAAUUAUAUUGAGACAAAGAAUGCUGAAGCAUUCAAAUCAGAACAAUACAGUUCUAAUAAUAGUAAUUCUGGAGAGAAGUUACCAAUGACAAUUGAUAAAGAAAACACUAAUCAAAUUGGAAAUCCUAUUCUUAGAAAACCAAAAGGAAGACCACCAAGUACAAAAAGACACAAAGGACCAUUGGAAUCAAGUAAUACAAGUGAAUCUAAUCUAAGAAAAAAUAAGUGUGGAUUGUGUAGUAAUACUGGACAUAAUCGUGCUACCUGUCCUAAUAAUGACAGUGGAAAGAGAAAAAAUCUUGAUUAA